CCCUUAGUGAAGCCACAGAGGAGCUGUCAAAUUCUGUCACUUCUGCCCACCCACCCACGUGACUGUUCCCUUUCGUCUCAUUCAUCUUCGCUGAGAGCUCGGUCUGUGAUGUCCUCGUCUCGUCAGAUCUGUGUGUUUCCUUCGCCUGCAGAGCUUGCGCUCUCCCUGUCUCAGCUGCUGGUUCAUGAGUCCCAGGGCACCUGUAGCUUCCGGCUGGCUUUAUCUGGUGGGAGUCUGGUGCAGCUGCUAAGCCGGGAGCUCCCGAAGACCGCGGGGCUCAAUACAGCCGGGUGGAAAGUCGCCUUCUGUGAUGAAAGGCUGGUGCCAUUUUCAGAUCCCGAAAGUACAUACGGCGAGUAUAAACGCCAGCUGGUCCCCCUCGGGCUGCUUUCUGAGUCUCAGUUUGUGACUAUUGACCCAACACUGCCUGUUGAAGAAGCCGCAGUGGAUUAUACCAAGAAGCUGCAGGAGCUGUUCCCUGGUGACGACCUUCCAGUGUUUGACCUUGUGAUUUUAGGAAUCGGACCUGAUGGACAUACUGCCUCUCUGUUCCCAGGACACCCUCUUUUACAGGUGACCGAUAAGGUUGUGGCCCCUAUCAGUGACUCUCCGAAGCCCCCACCUCAGCGGGUUACUCUGACUCUUCCGGUUAUUAAUGCUGCAAAAAUGGUGGUGUUUGUGGCCACAGGAGAGGGCAAAGCAACUAUACUGAAGCGUAUACUACAGGGAGAGGAAUCGGACCCUUUGCCUGCAGCCCGGGUCUAUCCUGUUCAUGGGAAGCUGCUGUGGUUCCUGGAUGAGCCGGCAGCUCGGGAGUUAACGUGCCCAGUGGAAAAGCACUCGGUUCUGUAAAGUCUCUCCAGACACAGAGGCUCCCAGAAUAUUAUCAUUAUCAGGGUCUGGAGCCACACAACCUGUACUCUGUGGUACCUGGCAUGGGCAGAGCCAGAACAAGAGCCGAAGGCAGAAUCCAGGCCACGUGCAGAGUGUAGGUCAGGAACAGGCACACAAACUUAAAUUCAGCAAACGGAGUAUGGAGGGAAUGAUAGAGAAAAUUGAAGCCUCAAGAACAGUCACUUCCAGGUCAAGAGCAAGAGCCAAAGAGAACAGUAACCAGAGAGUCCUAGCCACGGAAAUAAAUCUCUGACCUCUAUGACCUCAGACGGAACCAGGAAAGCCACGAAAACUCUGAAUCACUGUUGGAAAACCAAGCAUACAAACAACAGGAACAUUAAUGGAACCACAGCAUCCACAAUCAUCUGUGACUUGCAAUAAACCACAAAGCCCAAAGUAGCCUUAAUAAGUGCCGCUCGGGCCCAGACUGGGAUACAAAAUAGGUCAAGCCAUUUAAAGGGAUACUGUCAUGGGAAAAAAAGUUUUUCAAAGCACAUCGGUUAAUAGUGCUGCUCCAGCAGAAUUCUGCACUGAAAUCCAUUUCUCA